AUGAUAUUUGCCGACUCAUCUCAAGGGUCAACACUUACAAGUUACCUACAACUAUUUCAAGAUCUCGAUGAGGCUGGGGAGUAUGCAUGGGGUGCAGCAGCACUUGCCUUUUUGUGUCGUUCAUUAUCAAAUGUUGCAGACGGGGAAUCACAUUUUAGUGGGUCAGCAACAUUACUACAAUAUUGGAUUUAUAAGCAUUUUCCAGCUCUAGGCACCAAACCCAAAACUAUCGCCAUAGAAAUGCUUAGAACUUUCAAGUGGAAGAAACAACCAAGCUGUAAAGGCCCAUUAACAAUGUUUGAUGACAUCUCAAUUGACAUGGUAAAUUGGCAACCACAUGAGGACUACACCCCAGUAGAUACACUCAGUAAGGAAAAAGCAUUGUGCCGAUCAUAUUUUAUCAGUUUUCACAUUACAAAAUAUUAUAUGCCUGAUCGUGUGCUGCGGCAAUUUGGGAAGAUGCAAGCUAUUCCUGUUGGGCCACCCAAGUGGGAGAGGAGAGAGAAGCGACCUGACAUUCUUAUGCAGCAUUCCGGCAAUUCAUGUGAACAGUCUGGCGUUAGCUUAUAUAUCUCAGACCGCGCACUCCGGCAUUUUUCUGUGGUCAGCAUUCGUGAGCUGCAUUCCAACGUUCUCUUGGAUCAGUCUGGCAUUGUAUGUGCUUAG